AUUUCUAAUUAUCAUGGGUACAAUGGGUACAAUAAAAAAAAAUACAUACUUCUUGAGUUAUUCUCGAAUAAAGUUUCUUUUCCUCCAUAAAUUUUUUUCCAGAAAUUUCAGGAGGAUAGGACUAUUUUUCGCAUGUGAAGGAGGAGAAUAUCUUCAAAAUGAGUGGUCAACCAUUGAAUUUGAUGAAGAAUUGACGAAGUUAUGGCUUACCGACAAAAAAAAACACCUUUUAGAAAUAAUAUAUAGGAUAAAUAGAAACCUAAUUUAAAAUACAAUGAUCAAAAUGAAUUAAAUAAAUAAAAAACUUAAAAUACAUACACCAUCACAGGCGGAUCUACGGAAGGGGGAGAGGGACUUUCGGGCUGAAGCCCCCCCCAAAAAUGGUAAAAUAUAACCAUGUUUUAUAGAAAACAAUAUUAAAAACUAUCUCUUAAAGUAUUAUUGUUCGUGCAAUUACAUUUAGGAUAGGUCAUAUAAUAGGACUUCAAGAAUCACUUAAACACCAUGUCAUAUAGGUAGUUAGUUUCUUUCUUUUUUUUUUCAAAUAAAUUAUUGUUAUAUAUACAAAAACAAAAGCUUUCGGGCUGAAGCUCUCCCCAAAAUUAAUUCCUGGAUCCUCUAGUGCGCACAUUCUUAUCGACAUAGUGCUAUCAAACUAGGUCAGAGAAGAGCGAAUUGGGGAAAAUUUUGUUUAAAUAGUAAAUUUUUAACGUUAAACACAAACCCUAGGUAUACUGAAAGAAAUUCUGCUCGGAACCUUUAUAUACAAAAAUGUCAAAUUUUACCUUUUUUUUUUGUUGUACCUAUAUUUUGAAAGCUAUUGGUUUUUCGAAAAGAAUAUUCAUUACAAAACUAAAGUAAAUAAAAUUAGCUACAUUCGACAUCCACAAAGGGACGAAUUUCCAAAAAGUAACAUUAACGCAAUCUAUGACUCUUCAUGUUCGAUUUUCAUCGAAACUACUCAUCCAUGCCUGGCCAUACAUGAUAUUCAACCUCAUGUUAUAUACAAAAAUAUCUUAACCGUACAUUUCUUUUCAUAUAUCGGAACAAACAUCACAAAAUGAUGAUAACAGAAGUCCAUCAAAUUGCCUUCCACGUUCAUUAUCUAUACCUAUUUUGUUUCCAUUGACUUUAAUUCUGUUUUUUUUUUUUUCAUACUCAUCUGCAAUUAUUACCUAAUAGCUAAGUUAUAACAUUGUAAAGUGGUGGUUUGUUUUUUGUAAGUUGUUGACACGGGCGGAUCUACGGAGGGAGGGGGGAGCGGAUUUCGGGCUGAAGCCCCCCCCCCAAAAAAAGGGAUCACUUAAACACCAUUUCAUAUAGGUAGUUAGUUUCUUUCUGUUUAUCCAAAGUUAUUAUCUUUAUUUUUAUGAAAAAAAAGGUUUCGGGCUGAUGCCCUCCAACCCAAAAAUUAAAUCCUGUAUCCGCUAGUGGUUGUUGGAAAACUUGAAAUUGUACGAGUUUGGCGUCAUUUUCGUGACCCUUGAAAACUUAAGUUCACCAACUAUCACAUUAAUGUAUUAAUGUAUCCAUCAUGUAUUAAUUCUAUCCCGCAAUAACGAGUGAUAUUAACUUAUUUCUAUUCGUUAUGGCCCCACUGUACUGUUUAGUAGAUCGAGAUAUUUGUUUUGAUCCUUCAUUCACCAUGAGUGAUUUACUUUUUCCUGAAGCAAUUUACUUAAAUAAAUAUUUUAAUAUACUUUGUUCUAUAACUUUAAAUUAUUAUAAUUCCGAUGUAGGCGAAGGGAAAUUGAUCAUUUAAAAAAACAAAAACAUUUAUAUGCUAUUUACCAAGUCCAUACGACAAUUUGUAUCAAUAUGAGUAUCUGUUACAGGUCCAUUUUGACUGUAUCAGUUACUUGUAUCAACUUCUUUUUAUUAUAUAAUCCUUCCUUAAUGGAAGAGCUCUUAUCAGUUCUGAUCUCAAGGACUACCAUUGGCCCCUUAAUAAUUGUCAGUUUGGAUUCCUCUUUCAGUAAUUUGUGAACAGGCGCUAUGGCAACGUUGGCUAAAGGUGUAUUUGUGGUAGCAGCGAAACGUACCCCCUUUGGUACGUAUGGUGGUGCCUUUGUGAAGACAAGUGCCUUAGAACUGCAGGAAGUGGCCGCAAAAGCAGCAUUAGCAGCCGGAAAUGUAGCUCCGGAGAAGAUUGAUCAAGUUAUCAUUGGACAUGUUAUGGCAAAUACAUCACCUGAUGGAGUCAUCGUACCAAGGCAUGUCCUCUUGAGGAGUGGUAUUCCUCAGGAUAGGCCAGCUUAUGCUGUCAACAGGCUUUGCGGUUCUGGAUUUCAGUCUGUUGUGAAUGGAGUUCAAAGUAUACUCGUCGGGGAGUCUGAAAUCGUCCUUACUGGAGGAGUGGACAAUAUGAGCCAAGCUCCUUAUGCAGUUCGUAACGUUCGGUUUGGCGCUCCUCCAUUGGGUACGAGGAUAAACUUCGAGGACACAUUGUGGGAAGGUUUGACUGACACAUAUUGCAAAUUGGCUAUGGGUCAAACCGCUGAAAAAUUAGCUGAAAAGUACAACCUCACUAGAGCUGAAGUUGAUGCAUUUGGUCUUCGCUCACAACAACUAUGGAAGAAAGCUCACGAUGAAGGAAGGUUUAAAGAAGAACUCGCUCCUGUAACUGUCACCAUCAAGAGAAAACAAGUUGUGGUGGAAUUUGACGAACAUCCCAGGCCACAGACUACCAUAGAAGGGUUACAAAAACUGCCAACUGUCUUCAAAAAAGACGGUGUUGUCACAGCUGGAACAUCAUCUGGUAUUUGUGACGGAGCUGGAGCAGUUAUUUUGGCCAGCGAGAAAGCAGUUAAAGAAAAUAACUUGACACCUCUAGCCAGGAUUGUCGCAUGCACUGUAGUCGGUGUUGAUCCCAGCAUCAUGGGUAUCGGCCCAGCUCCUGCUAUAACCAACGUCUUGAAAGUUUCUGGCAAGAGCUUGAACGACAUUGAUAUGGUUGAGAUCAAUGAGGCCUUUGGAGCUCAAACAUUGUCCUGCGCAAAGGAGCUGAAGCUCGACCUGAACAAGUUGAACCCCGAUGGAGGUGCCAUCGCACUAGGACAUCCUCUUGGAGCAUCAGGUUCAAGAAUCACAGCCCAUUUGGUUCAUGAACUCAGGAGAAGGAAGGCCAAGUAUGGUAUUGGUUCCGCCUGCAUUGGUGGCGGUCAAGGAAUAGCGGUCAUGUUGGAAAGCUGUUAAAGAAGAAGGAAGCAGGGAGAAAUUGACUGAUAACUUUUUUUUAUGAUAAAUCAAGCAAUAAUUGUAAAUUUAUCUAAUUGUGUUAAGGCGAAGAUAUGUAUUUUUGGAAAAUUUUCUACUUUAUAUUUUGUUAAUGUUAUAUACAAAUUUUAUAUUUAUACUUUUUAUUGAUAUAAAUAUUAUUUAUAUCAUUUAAAAAAUUUUGUUUAUUUUUUUAUAAGCU